AGUGAAGUACGCGUGUUUCAUUGUUUCCAAAGGUAUAGGUACCUACAUCUGGGCUGAUCAGUAGAUCUUACGUGGUUGCCAAUUUUUAGUUUGAAGCCUCACUAAGUAGUCGACACAGGAUCGUCUUGUAAUUCAGAACACAAAAUGUUGUUUGUGGACUUAAAAAUCAAAUCAUAUUAUGGGUAUCAUUUUGGUAUUGAUCUCAGAUUUUUCUCAUUUCGUAUCGAAACAAUGUUGUUGUCGUAAAGGAGUUUUACUUUCUCAGCAUAUCAGAUGUGUGUAUAUUAAAUAAGUGCAAUGGGUGUGAUGGGAAUCGAAUUGCGAACUUUUAGCUCAACAGCCAUUAAAGACUGGUACCAAGUUGGUAGGUACCUUAAACAUGGGAACCUGGAACUAAUUUGGCUUCGAACAAAACGUUUUAAUCAAUAAAAGUUAAUUCUGUGAACCCUGCAAUAAUGAUGUUAUUGAAUGCGUCGUGAGUCAAGCAGAUUUUAUUUGUUGACAACUGUUUACUCAUAAGUAAACAGGCGUAAUAUGAGCGCAAAAAAUUUAUAAGAACAAUGCUGUAGCCAUCGGCAGUUAGUAUCGAACGAUCACGAUGAAGAUACUGUUCAAGAUAAUUAGCGCAUUUCUUUAUUUUAACUCAGUUUCUCCUGUUUUAAUGUACUACAUUUAUGACGAUAACCCUAACAUUGGCUUCGUCGCUUUGGACAACAGCAUUGGUGCCUACGUGAAAACUGGAUUCACUAGCAAUGGGAAGAGACAGUACACUGGAUCCUACAGCUCCAAGUACCAGAAGAUAAAUAACGAGCAUGUCGUAGAUUCCCAUUUCAAAGUGAUGAAGUCCCCGUCGAACUACCUGAUGCCGUCCAUGAACGAUGCCGGAAGGACCCGAACCCACGAUGCCAGUAAAAAUGGCGCGCAUAGAAAAGGAGACGAUCACAAAGUCACAGAGCCGCCAAAGCAAUGGAAACAAAGAACACAGAACCAACAGGCAGCCAACCCUGCUAAACCUGUACAACAAGAUCAGCAGGAUCCGCAGAGUUCUCAUAAUCCUGUCGUCAGAGGUGAGUACGCUGCUGCCAAGCCCCAGGAAGCAGCUCCACACGCACAGCCUGCGACCAAUCAACAAAUCUCCCCAAUCAGGCCCAAAGCCGUCAACGCUGAUUAUAGCAACCAGUUGAAGCAACGCAGCCAAAGAAACCAAGAGACUGUGUUCGAGGCUAAACCCAGUUUCGUUCAAAUGAAUGUGAGAAAGACACAGAUGACUGAUUCCCAAAAAAUAGUCAGAAUGAACAAUAACCGUCAGAUGACCUCAUUGGCCGUGCGCACACAACAAGCUCAACAAGACAAUCGUCAGCGGAUGCCAACAUCCAUAAUGAUGGAUAAAACUCUACAUAAAGCUAACGCAGUCCACGACCAUAACAAGCAAGUAAUGUCACGAGUACUUGACGAUAUGACACAAAAAAUAACCGACAGGCGACAUAAAAAAGGCGAAUAUAGAAAGAGAGACGCCAAAUACAAGCAAGGUUUUGAUGUAUUCGAGAAAAGUAAGCGAAGCGUUGUGUCAGACAAUAUGAGAAAAUACAUCGGCAAUGACAAAAGUAAGGGCAACUCCCAUAGAAAUAAUAAUAAUAUGGAAUUAUCGAGGAUUGGCAGUCAUGAAGACAGUGGCAUUUUGGAACCUAAAGAAACGCCGUACGCGCUGUUUUACAGAAUGAACCCUGAAACACUGGAUCAGCAAGAAGGUUUCAUGUUACUGAGGUCCAUGGAAGACAACAGCAGUAACAACUUUAAUACAAAGGACAAACGUCUCACUUUUGAGGACGACUUUGAAGUGACACCUGAACAAAAACCUAAAAAGAGUGUCAACGCCCCAAAACUGCUCAAGAAGCUUAAAAAUUUCGUCAGUUAUAGAAAGCAUUGAUUAAUAUUAUACAUGUAUCUGUGAAUAUUACCGAUGUGUUUCCUAAUACAAUGCAGUGUAAAAUAAUUCUCAUGCAAACCGCAAUUUGUUUUAUAAGUAGGUACUAUCAGUAGUCAGUACUAUGUUAUGUUUUUUUUUGUACUUGCCAGCUGUUCAAUUCAAUGUAGAAGGUGUUUAAAAUAAAUAUGAUUUUCGUUUUCAUAAACU